CCCACAAAUUCCAAUUCCCCUCCGCCCAAACCUCCACCGCCUCACCGCGCUCCCUCCGGCUUCCUCCGCCCUCCGCCGCGGCGAACGACAGACGGCUCGCCGGAGCGCCGCCACGACCGACCGCGACGGCCUGCUCAGGUCUUAUCCAUUGAAACCUGCUACCUCGUGCUAUUCUUUGAUGACAGCCAACCACAGAAGCCAUAUAUACUACUUCCUCACGAACGUUGAUACGUCUAGAGGAUAAAGAAUACUUCUCCACUUGAACUUGUCACUGUUUUGGCAUAAUAUUGUUUGAGAAAGUGAUCCAAAGAGAAUAUGGUCGAGUGCAACAGAGAAGAGGCCUUCAGGGCCAGGGAAGUUGCUGUAAAGAAGAUGGAGAAUAAAGAUUUUGUUGGUGCUGAGAAGAUUGUACUUAAAGCUCAAAAGCUUUUUCCAGAGCUUGAGAGUGUAUCUCAGCUGUUAACUAUCUGUAAUGUGCACUGCGCAGCAGAGGUAAGGGUGAACGGAGAGAAGGACUUGUAUGGAAUCCUUCAAGUGGAGGAAGGAGCGGAUGAAGCCAUGAUAAGAAAGCAAUACCGCAAGCUUGCAUUUUCACUUCAUCCUGAUAAAAAUAGUUAUGCUGGUGCUGAAGCAGCUUUCAAGUUGGUUUCUGAAGCUCAUUCUGUACUAUGUGAUCGAGCAAAGCGUUCUCAAUAUGACAUCAAAAGGAAGAAUGGGUUUAGGAAUGUGCCAAAGCAAUCUAAACAGCAGCCAUCAAAGAGAACUGAUGCAAAUAAAGGGAGUGUGCCUGGAUCCGGACCAACAUUUUGGACCAUAUGCCCACACUGUCAGAUACGAUACCAGUACUACAGCUAUAUCCUGAACAACAUGGUCCUCUGUCUGAACUGCAAAAAGAAUUUCUUUGCGUAUCAUCUAAAGGAACACCCCAUGCCUACUUCAUCAAGUGUACCUAAUGGUUCCCAAGUUCCUGCAAACAUGUUUCCAAAUAAACAGCGUGACACUCUCAGUCAACAAGGUCACCCUGUGAAGCCUUCGUGUGCAGGCAGAGACACAGUUGUGAAGCCAAAUGUUUCCCAAGUCCCUGCAAACAUGUUUCCAAAUCAACAGCAUGGCAUUCCCAGUCAACAUGGUCAUCCUGUGAAGCCUUCUUCUGGCGGAGACGCAGAUGCGAAGCCAAGGAUGAAUGUGGCCCAACGUGAUGAAUAUGUGAAAGAGUAUAGAAGGCCAGGCAGUGAUGAGAAAGCUAAUCACUCAGAGGUGACAAGGGGGAAAUUUCAGUUUUCAACACUGAAGCAAGAUAAAUCUUCUGUCCCAGCUGAAAAUGGGAAUAUGCGUGGAAGGUCCAUGCCAGAUCCUGCUGAUCCAAACAUUGUCGACAGACAGAAACCGGUUGGAGAAGAUGCGUCUGCAGUACCAGAUGCCAUGAAUGUGCCGGGUUCUGCAGAGCUUUCUUCUGCAGGUGGAAAAGCGGAUGGGGAUCCAAGGAUAAAUGUUGCAGGACACAAUGAAUACAUAAAAGGAUAUAGCAGCUCAGGUGGUGAGAAGAAAGCUAACCGGUCAGAGAUGAUGAGGGGGGGAGUUGAAAUUUCAAUGACAAAUAAGAAUGCAGGUGGAAGGUCCAUGCCAGAUCCUGUCGAUCUAAAUAUUGACAGAAGGAACUUGGGUAGAGAAGAUGCAUCUACAGUGCCAAGUGCUGUAGGAUCCUCCGGUCCCCGUAGGUCAGGUAGGAGGCAGCAAGAUGCUGAUGGCAACAUUUGCUUGAGCUCUGAUAGCAAAAAGAGGCAGAGGAAGAAUGAUUUGCCAUCUAAUGUUAACAUGAGCUGUAAGCAAAUAUUUGAUGAUAAUGUCACUUGUUCUGACAGACAAUCAGAUCCACCCCAUGUGUCCAACAAAGUAGACGUCCAAGAGAAGGCGAAAACUACAGAUAUAAGUGAUCAGGGCAAUAUCAAGGAAGAAGCUACUGAAACUGUUGGCGAGAAGAUGCCUUGCUAUUCCGAGUGCGUCUCCUUACCUGAUCCAGACUUCUUUUAUUUUGAGAAGUUCAGGGAUGUCAAUCUGUUUGCAGUUGGUCAGAUAUGGGCCCUUUAUGAUAACCUUGAUGGUAUGCCAAGAUAUUAUGCUCAAAUAAAGCAUUUUGAUGCUUGCAACUUCAAAGUACAUUUGACUUGGCUGGAGUAUGAUACAAUGAAUGAAGACGAGGAGAAAUGGAUUUAUGAAGAACUGCCUAUUGCUUGUGGAAACUUUUGCGUUCGGAAAGCAAGAGAUAUAUCACAAGACAGGUCCAUGUUUUCUCACAUUGUUGCAUGGACAAAAGGUAAAAAAAGAAACUCAUAUGUCAUAUAUCCUAAUAAGGGUGAGGUAUGGGCUCUUUACAAGGGAUGGAGCAUGGAAUGGAGCUCAGAUGCAGGUAACCAUAGAUCAUACGAGUACGAGGUUGUGGAAGUCCUGUCAGAUAUGUCAGUCAAUGAUGGUGCUACUGUUAUCCCACUGGUCAGGAUUAAGGGCUUUGUCAGUUUAUUUGCGACAGCUAAGGACAAAUCCUCAUUUGUGAUACCAUCAAGUGAGCUACUUCGAUUUUCUCACUGCAUCCCAUUUUAUAGGACAAAUGGAAAUGAAAAAGUUGGUGUCCCGGGAGGGUUUCUGGAACUCGACAAUGCAUGUCUCCCUGCUGACCUGGAUGUAGCAUUUUCUUCUGUUACUCUUGACUCUUACAUAUCUCUCGGCAAGAAAAUAAACAGCACAUUUGUUGAUAUGGUUACUGACAAUACAAGUAGUAGAAUGGAUUCUGGAGGUGAGCAAAUUGCUCAAAAGGAAAAUCACUCUGAAGCACAUGAUUGUCACCCAAUGUCUACAGAUAAUCAUGAAGAUAUAUCUUUUGAACAAAAUACACCCUCGCAGAAAAGUGCUGGUGGUGCCAAUGAAUUUGGUGAUUCCUCUCAGCAAAACUGCCUCUCCCCCAAUAUAUACACAUAUCCUGAUUCUGAUUUCCACAAUUUUGAAGAAGGCCGCUCGUGUGAGAAGUUUGAAUGCGGACAAAUAUGGGCUUUAUACAGUGGUAUUGAUAAACUCCCCAAGUUCUAUGGCUGGAUAAGAGAAGUCGAGUCAGAACCUUUCAGAGUGCAUUUGACCUGGCUUGAGGCUUGCCCUCAAGAGGAGCAGGAGAAAUGGUGGUUGGAGCAGGAGAUACCAAUCAGCUGUGGUACAUUUAAAGUUCGAAACUGGAGAACCAAUUAUGGUACAAAUGAUACUUUCUCUCAUUUAGUAGAUGCCAAACAAACUGGCAUUAAGUGGCAGGUUGAAAUUCUUCCACAAGUAGGUGAUAUAUGGGCCAUCUACAUGAACUGGGCACCUGACUGGGCUCCUUUCAGCAUUGAUGCUUGUGAAUUUGCCAUUGGCGAGAUCAUCGAGCGCACUGAAGCUUGCACAAAGCUCACUUUCCUGGCUCAAGUUGGUGGUUACAGAUCAGUGUUCAAAUCUGACAAGCGAAAGGGUGUCCUGGAGAUACCUGCUGGAGAGAGAUUGAGGUUUUCUCACCGUAUUCCCUCUUUUCGUCUGACAGAACAAAGAGGUGGCAAGCUCCGGGGCUUCUACGAGCUUGAUCCAGCUUCUGUCCCUGACGUUUUCCUGUACAGGGACACCUGACCCGGUGACUUGCAGAUAUCGACGCAGACUCUAAAAUUGAUAAACUUAACUUGUUUGUGGUUAGAAUUAUGUCUUAAAAUGUCCUGGUGUCAAAUUGUUCGGUGUACAUAUAUGCCAGUUAGGCUUAGUCUUACUCGAACCGUGCCGACAUAUGGAGAGGCCACCUUACCUGUGGACUGCCAUUUUGUGCCAAGGGCAAGUCCUAUCUUCACUGGUGCUUGUUAAGUCGUCAGGUCACUACUGCCUCUGGAAGAGUUGUCAUCUGUGCUGUUUAAAUCGGACUGCAAACAGUAACUCUUGUUUUCCGGGUUCUUCGUAUGUGUUCCGUGUUUAAACUUGAUGGUCUCAGAUACUAUUGCAGGAUUGCAGUACCUUGCCACUGCACUGUGGUUUUGCUAUGCAAUGGAGCGUAACCUGGCCUCUUAAAAUU